AUGUUGCUGAAACCCGCUACUCCCCUCACCGUGCUGCUGCUGGCCGCCUUUGCUCUGCUUCUCCUCUCGACCCUGUCGACUCCCGUCAUAAAGCAGGUGCCUUUGGCAACUUUCAAGAAUGUCGACUUUGGCGUGUUUGGAUACUGCAGAGGCGAUGUCUGCACCCCCGCUCGGGUGGGAUACGACACCAGCAACAUCUUCGGCACUGAGGAUUCAGAUGGCGUCGACUUUAACCUGCCUUCGAGUGCCCGAAACUCACUUUCGUCGAUCCUCAUAGUUCAUCCCGUCGCCGCCUUCUUGGCUCUCAUUUGCUUGAUCAUGGCUGCUGCCUCGCAUUUCCACUCGCCGUCGCAUUCCCCUCGAUAUCUUCUCGCUCUCCUGAUUCUCCUGCUUCCAACCGUUCUAGUAUCGCUGUUAGCAUUCCUGGUCGACAUUCUGCUCUUCGUACCGCACCUGCAAUGGGGUGGGUGGAUUGUACUGGCCUCUACCAUCAUCUUGGUCGCCUGCGGGGUUGUCACCUGUGCGAUGCGUCGAACCCUCGUUAGCCGGAAGGCGCGCAAAAAGCGCAUCGCUGAAAACGCUGAGAUGAGUGGCGCAGGCUUCUAUGCUCGGCAGAACGCAGAAUCCGCCGCACUCGCCAAAGCAGAGUCUCCUCCCCCGAUGAGCACCGACACGAACGCUCCUUUACUCGUAGGUCCCAACCAACCAUCCUUCACCUCGGCGCCAACAUUUGCUACGUACGAUUCAGCCACUACAACAACUGAAGAUGAGUUGCGAAAACUACAUUCGCGGACGCCUUCCAAUCGAGUGCCCCAAGGCGAAGGAGAAAUGGACCAAUUUGGCACUGCAAGUCGACCGACACGACCUGGAUAUAACGGUCCACGUGAUGAAUACGGCAAUCCCAUCCCUCCCACAAUGCCAGGCACUUACCGGACAGAUCCUGGAAUGAUGAGGUCUAAUUCGGAUCCCCGACUCAAUAAUCAAUACUCCGAUGGCAGCUUGGGCUCUCGGCGUGGCCCUUCUCCGCAGAGCUAUGGAGUCGCUGGACAGCCGCCGCGUAAUCGAGGAUACCCACCACCUCGAGGAGGAUAUGCACCUGGUGCACCUUACGGUGGCCGUGGGCGAGGUCCCCCGACAAAUGGCCGAGGUGGCUCUAUGCGUAGCAUGCGUGGAGGACCGCCGCCUCGCAAUAUGGGACCUGGUCGAGGACCUCCUCCUGGUUAUCCUCCAGGACGUGAUGAUGGAUAUGAUACGUACGCAGCGGUUCCUCGUCGACCGUCGGACCGUGUCAGUCCCAACUUUUCUACUCCAUAUAAUCUACGUAAUCCAUCUGCAUCUCAGCCAAAUCUCCCUGAAGUUGAAGAACCCGGCCACAGCUUCGAGAUGGUGCCGCAAAGUAGUGAGCCUAAUCUUCGUGUUCGGAACGAGUAUCUCGAGGGUCAGCGAGAUUCACACAAUCAGUCUAUACCCAGCCCUACGAGUGUUUACAGCAGCGAACCCUACGUACCACCGCGAUCUGCCUGGUCAAACAACCGGGCGAUGGCUUCUAGUCAACCACGCGACAUAAAUACGAAUCCUACACAACAUAUGCGGUCUGGAUCAGGAGAUCAUUACUUUGAGGAUGUGGAGCCCAGGUUCGCCGAAGUGCCUACCGCGGGGGGCAGUGGAGGGAGUGGAAGCGCAGUCCCAUCAGCUCUCAUGGCGGGACGACCAGCUGGUGAGAUCCCACCACAAUCAUCCUCACUCAACAUCCCCGGUGAGCAACCCAUGGGGGAACCUCCUCGCUCACCAGCCGUUAGUGAUAUAAGCCACACAAGUCACUUUACGUCGAUUUCCGAACGGCCGAUCAACCCGCAUUGGCAACCUCCUUCUCCUCCACCUGUCCCGUCGAACCUGAGAUCGGCACCCCAGCCACGCGUGCAGGAUAUGGUUUUACAAGGAAACCCAGAUUUUGAAUUACCUGUCGCGGCUGGUCGAGGGGGUCCUCGAUAUGGCCGCGCCGGUCGAAUGGCUCCAGUGAUCGACUCUAAGUCAGGCGGGCGUUAUCCUAAUGCCACCAUGUAG